AUGAAGAAGAGAGAAGAUGUGAUAUUUUUAUUUGAUGUAGAUGGAACACUGUCGCCUUCCAGACGUACUGCCCCAUCGAAGUCUAUUCAUAUGCUGAAUGAAUUAAGGAAAAGGGUAUAUGUUGCCUUUGUUGGAGGUUCAGAUCUGUCAAAACAAGAGGAACAAAUAGGUCCAGAGCUACUGGACAUAUUUGACUACGGGUUUCCAGAGAAUGGGACACUGUUUUAUAAGGGAAGAGAGCGUGUCAGUGCUGCUUCUAUCAUUACAUUUCUGGGGGAGGAUAAUUACAAGAUCUUGAUAAACAAGGUUUUGAGGAUACUAAGUGAAUCCGACUGUCCUAUCAAGAGAGGAACAUUCGUGGAGUUGAGACAGGCAUUGAUCAAUGUGAGUCCUAUUGGCCGAACCUGCACUCAAGAGGAAAGGGAUAAGUUCAAUGAAUUUGACAAGAAGUCUAAUCUAAGGAAAAACAUCUGUGAACAGUUGAAAGAUACGUGUGAUAAGAUGAAUAUGCAAACAUCUAUUGGAGGGCAAAUAUCGAUAGAUAUUUUCCCAAAAGGAUGGGACAAAACGUAUUGUCUCCAGCAUAUUAAGCAGGACAAGAUUUUCUUCUUCGGGGACAUGACAAUGGAAGGAGGGAAUGAUUAUGAAAUAUUCACGCAUCCAAAAGUAAAAGGCAGUACAGUCAAAGGGCCUGAUGACACUUUUGAAAAAGUCAAUGAAAAGCUAAGAGAACUUGGAAUUGCAGAAAUUAAAUUCUAA